CCACGGAUUUCCCGGCCCUGAACUCUUCGUCCUCUUCUUCCUGUCCGCGUACACAGGCCUGUCCCACGCUGGUGGAGCCACACCGGGCAGCACCGGCUUUGCCUUGAGUUCCGGAUAUUCCGGGGUCACGUUGGCCCAGGACUGUGGCUUGGAAAAGAAGGCAGCAGUUUCCUGGAGUUGUGAACUGGAAUUCAGUUCAUUUCCCUCCAGCCACACCCAGACUUUCAUCUGUUUUGGCACAGGGAGAAUAACCAGGAAACACGUUUGAGAUGAUUGGAGGAAAUAGCGGGCAGGAUGGGAGGAGAGUGACCCCGGGCAGGAGGAAGGAAAGGGAGAGAGAGAAGGUGGGCCCGGAUGUAGGAGGAAGGUCCCUUGCCUUCAGCGCAGCAUCCUUAUGACCCUCACGUGCAAGGCCUUGUCUGUGUUUGGGCCUCAGUGCCCCCCUGGGUUCUUCUCUGACCCUAUCUGUUCUGGAACUCAGUUCCUCCUCUGCAUGAGACCGCAGCUGGCCCACCCUAGUGUGCCCUGGUUUUCCCACUGUGCCCUUGGUCCCUGCUCUUGUCUGAGGGUUGUCAUCGAGGACGCAUGCAGGACUCAACCUGUUCCGUUUUGCCGCUGCUUCUGAAGGCCCCAACGGUCACACCCACAUUUCCCUAGUUGAAAACUGUCUUCUGAAGGGGUACUUCCUCUUAGGGAAUUUCUUGGAAGGUGGGUGGAGGUAAUGACGAGCCCAGACUGGGGACACUUUGGGAGAUGGCUGUCCUCAGUCUCUUGUGGAAAUGGCUUCUUGAUCCUACCUUACAGUUGUAGGGUCUUUGGAUUCCGGCUGGACAGCUAAGAUUUGGGGCUAAAAGCAGAAUCCCGAAUGCCUUUCACCACCUCCCCACCCUGGGCUCACUUCUGUGGGGUGGGUGCUGGUCCAAGGUCAGGCUCUGGGAAUUUGUCCUGCCCAGGGCUAUGAAGCUCAGGGCAGCAUCCCCAUUGAGUCCAGUGUGUCCUUGUGGGAGGUAGCUGAGUGAUUGCCUUGUCCCCUUCCCCAAGCUCCACACCAGCUCCCUGACUGCCUGAGGCCUUCAGGGUGUGGCUUGUGUGAAAGCAGGCUAGCACUCAACAUGCAUAGCAUGUGCAUGGUGCAACUGCAGGAAUGAGCUGGUGUCCUCCACCUGCAGCUCUAGGGAGGACAGGAGGGGGCGCUGGCCCUGAGAGGCAGGGGAGGUUGGGCAGGGACAGUACAGCAGCCUAUGGCAAGUGGCUCACCAGUACUGCAUGUAUACCUGCACAAGCUCAUCCAUUCUCCAACCACUGUCAUUACCUGUGGCGAGACGGGGGCAGGCAUCCUGUCCUGGAGUUAUGUGGUCAGGGUCCCCAUUGUGAAAGAGUUGGGAAGGAGAAUGGGCUCCUCUGAACGCCUGCUCCCCGCAGUUGGAGCAGGAGCAGGGUAAGGGCUCACCCUUCCGCCUGGGGGUGGCAUUUUCCUAUCUGAUCUUGCUGGUCCAGCACUGAGGUCAUGGGGUCAUUGCUUCACUCUUCUCUGGCCUCCAUUGUGUCAUAGUUCAUCCAUCACUGUGGUUCUUCCCACUGCAGUGAUACUCGGUGUCUGUUCUCAGCAGUUUAAGCAGGUUGCAGCAGUUGCCUGCUAGAACACUGUGCCCUUAUUACCGUAAACUGCUGCCACUUCUUAUGAAGGAGAGGCCGCCAGAGUAGGAUUUUUUGCUCAUUCAGGUUCAUGAAGCCAAUGAGAAAACCCAGGUUGAGUGCCAACUGCACAGACUUUUCAGUGGCUGAAGAACAGACAAGCAGUACCCUUGUACACAGAGACCAACCUGCCAGCCAUGUGCUGGGAGUUAUGGACAGAGAGCAGUAGGCGUUGGAGUAUGUUCAGAGGUUUUGGGGAAGGAAUGGCAGUUUCCAGGAACCCAGGUGCUCUGUGUUCUUCCUUUAUAGGGUCCUCCCUGGCUGCCACCCUGGUGAUUGUGCACCAUCGUGAUGCUGGUGGACAUGGCAUUCUGCUUUGAGAUGAGGCCAUGCAGUCUGAGGUCUGUUGGAGGUGUUUGAGCCACCAUUUUGGACCAAGCUGGUCUUUCUUGGCAGAGUGCUGUGAAGAACUCUAAGCAUCAGUCCCUAAAGAUAAGUGCAGUUAGGGCAGGGUCAGCAAGGUGGUUGUGCAGAUACUUUACUGGGUAACACUGAGCCCAGAAAGACUGAGGUGAGUCCUGUCACAUGACUUGUGUUACUCUCGAGAGAACCAUAGACCACGGGUGACAAGAAGCUGGAUAUACUGAGAACCUGGAGUGGGCAGCCCCCAGUGCAGUACUUUGGAUAGCUUUUGGUCUGUGUGCUUGUGUGGUGGGCAAGGAACCAUUGGAGGCACGGCCAGGGCUGUGGAGGGGUAGAGUGGAAGCGUGGUUGGGGUGGUGGUGGGCUGUAUGCACGGGAAACCAGGAGGCUGUGCAAGGUGAAAGGAGUUGGAGUCAGACCUGGUCAUGCACGUGUGCGGUGUGCAUGUGCCAUGUGCACCUGUGCCUGAGAGUCAGGGGCUGUGCUUCUUUGAGAUUAUCUCAUGGCCUACAUUGGGGAUUAAGAAGCAGUCUCCCUGCCUGCAUGGGUAUCCUUCCUAUUGAGACAGCCCCACGGGAGGCUGUCAGCCCUGCCUUAGUGGGUCCAUGCAGCCCCUCCUGCACUCAGGCAGCCCUCAGCGUCUUCCCCACCCACCAGGGUGCUCUCCCUGGGCUCAUAUGGGAACAGGUACACAUCUCAAGGCUGGAUGAAUUUCCGCCUCCUUCCUGUACAGUGGAUGGGCAGGGCUGACUUUCCAUCCCCAGAGGAUUUGGCUCAGAAGGGCGGGUACAAUCUUGGCAGGGAUUACCCCCAGCUCUCCAUGCAGAGCUGCCACUGUGACCAGCUCUGGGCUGACUGGAUGCCUUACCCCACUGAAUGGGUGGGUGCUGUCCUGUCCCCCAGAUGGGGGCAGAGUCCCUUUGGGACUACACUGGAGGAAGAUGGGUACAGGGGCUAGGGGCCGGGAGAGGGUAGGUGGUGUCAAUGCUAGAACUGGGUCCUCUCCAGUGGAGGAAGUUCAGGUCCUGGAUGGGGCCAAUCUGGCCCAGGGCUGGCUGCUGCCCCACCACCUGCUCCAUCUUCACUGCCCCUUGAGGGGCUUGAAGGGCUGCCCAGCUUCCUUCCAGCCAGCUAUUCUGCCCAGGCACAAACAUCACCGAAGAUGGGGUCCCAGUCCAACAGCAGGUUCUGGAAUGAGCCAGUGUCCAGGACCUGUGGGGUGGGUCCCAGGGAGGAAGGUGGAUACUUCUGUGGUUCCAGUCAGGGCUCUGGGGGGAACCCUUGCGUCUCUGCAGAGUCCAGUGCUAUGCUGUGGGCAUACACUGCAAGGCCCUGGGGAAGGUGCCUUACCCUGUUCAUGUCACAUCACAUCUCCAGGCAUGGCGGGACCCAGGCCUGUGGUGCUGAGUGGCCCUUCGGGUGCCGGCAAGAGCACCCUGUUGAAGCGGCUUCUCCAGGAGCAUGGCAGCAUCUUUGGUUUCAGCGUGUCCCACACCACACGGGACCCACGUCCUGGCGAGGAGAACGGCAGAGAUUACUACUUUGUGACCAGGGAGGUGAUGCAGCGUGACAUUGCGGCUGGAGACUUCAUUGAGCAUGCUGAGUUCUCGGGGAACUUGUACGGGACGAGCAAGGCAGCCGUGCGGGCGGUACAAGCCAUGAACCGCAUCUGUGUGCUGGAUGUGGACCUGCAGGGCGUGCGCAGCAUCAAGAAGACUGACCUGCACCCCAUCUACAUCUCUGUGCAGCCACCCUCGCUGGCCGUGCUGGAGCAGCGGCUGCGGCAGCGCAACACUGAGACAGAGGAGAGCCUGGCGAAGCGGCUGGCCGCCGCCCGGGUAGACAUGGACAGCAGCAAGGAGCCUGGCCUGUUUGACCUGGUGAUCAUCAACAACAACCUGGAUGAGGCCUACGCACAGCUGAAGCAGGCGCUGUCCGAGGAAAUCAAGAAAGUGCAGGGGCCAGGCCAGGCCUGAGGACCUGUAUUCAUGUUCCCAGCCUGAUGGCUCCAGGGGGAGGUCUGGCUAGGUACCUUGUAGGUCCUGCAACAGCCAUCACAGGAUGGGCAAAGCUGCCCCCAAGAUGGCCACACAAAAAUCUGCCCCUCAGCGGGUACAGGCACCGUCCUCACUCACCAUUCUCCAAGAACCCUCAGGUGCCCUGCCUUCCUCCCUGGGCUUUUCCUGUUCCCACUUCUUCCACUGGAGUGGGCUGACUUUUAAAUAAAGUGAUUUUGGUUUACACUGUCA